AUGGAUUUUCAAACCAUAGAUUAUAAGGCAGAUGGGGUUGCAGAAUUAUUUGAAAGACCAAAACAAAGCCUCUUAUUUGUACUUAAGGUUUCUGAAGAACCUAGCAAUCUGGAUCCUGAUAAAUUUAAAGAUUAUAGAGAAAAAUUAAUGAAAGAAGGUGUAUUUGCACUAAAUAAAUUCAUUAUUAGAACUGGCCCGCCAACAUACGAGGUGUGUAAAACUUUAGGAGUUUUCCUUGCACAAGGAUUUGAAGAUAACCUUGAGAUUGGACAAAUAAUUUAUAUUGGACCCGGUUUAUAUGUAUUUUCACCCUUUAUGGAUCCAAAUCUUAUUAUUCCAACUUCUCCUUCCAAUUUGGAACAUGCAUCCAGAUUAAUUCGCACACUCCUUUGCUUGCGAUAUAAUUAUACUACUGGAUUUACACCUGAUCGGCCGAAAUUUGUAACAUUUUCCAAAUUUCUGCCCAAGGAAGAAACAUCCGGAAAGUUGGAUAAAAUGAACAGGAUAAUGUGA